UCUGAGCGAAAUGCACGGAAUACCAAAGGGUUUGGCGUUUGCAAUAUACUAUCCAAUCAUUGCAGCUAUUGGCAUUCCAGCAAACUUAGCUGUUAUUGUAAUACUGGUUAAGAGAAGGUGCGGACUCUCCAAAUGUGUCACAUUCUAUCUGGUCUCCAUGGCCGUGGCGGAUCUGUUACUCAUUAUCUCCGGUGCAGUAUUAAAUCGGAUUUCUGGGAUUUUUUUUCCACUCAGUUUCCUGUCUAUAACACCAAUAUGCAGUCUCCGCAUUGCAUUUAUCUAUGCAGCCAUUGACUGCUCUGCCUGGUUAACAGUUGCUUUUACCUUUGAUCGAUUUGUGGCUAUUUGUUGUCAGAAGCUCAAAACAAAAUACUGCAACGGAAAGGCGGCUCAGCGCAUCAUCGGAAUAAUUUACACUCUCAGCUGUCUAAGGAAUACAUUUUUGUAUUUUAUUUAUGAACCUUUAUACAUCAUUAACAGUGUUCCCUGGUUCUGUGGCAUAAAGGUAGCAUUUUAUACGUCAGUUGCUUGGGAUAUAUUCGACUGGCUUCUUGUCAUUUUUACUCCUUGUCUUCCUUUUAUUCUAAUAUUGCUACUCAACGCACUGACCGUCAGGCACAUUCUGUCAGCCAAUAGAGCUCGCAGGAGACUCCAGGUACAAAGAAAUGGAGAGGAUCAGAACGAUCCAGAGGUACAGAGGAGGGCGAAGUCCAUUGUUUUACUUUUUGCUAUUUCAGGCAGUUUCAUGUUGUUAUAUUUGUUAUAUUUUAUCACAAUUGUCUAUGUUCGGGUGGUUGAUGUUACUUAUUUCUCAGGUUCUGACUUUAGUGACACAACAUUCCUUCUGGAAGAAAAUGGAUAUAUGCUUCAAUUUUUGAGUUCCUGCAUCAACCCGUUUAUUUAUGUGGGAACACAGCGUAAAUUCAGGGACGAGUUAAAAAAAGGUUGGUUUAAAGUUCUAGCCAUUCUUCCAACCAAAGUGCGUAAGCUCACAUUGUGUUCCAUCAACCUCUUGUUUGCUGACUGUCCUGGUCUGUCCAAGUAUUUCUGCAGCCUUGCACUUCCUCAACUUCACCUGUCUGCCAAGCUAUCAUUGCAUCAUCUGCAAACGUGGCAAAAAUGCCCUCAUAUGCUUCGUUCAGAUUCUGUGGUGCUCACAGCAACUAAUACGCCAGAUGUCAGAUCGAUCUUCCUUGGAAUCAACCCAAGGAAAGCACUGGAUUUUGACUGUGUCCCCAGCCGAGCACUCAGAUUCCAUACAGGCAAACUAGUGCGAGCCAUUAACAUCCCUCGUCAGCCACAGCCACCCCUGCCACCCCUUAGGAUCUUUCUUCCUCUUUGGAAUGAACUGAUUCUGCGUUAUAUCCAGAAAGACCUGCCAUUGAUGUUUAUCAUCAUCCUGGGGGAUUUACCAGUGGCCGGCAACUGCAUUGGAUGUGAUGUGCAAUCACGAGUCAACUACAAUUCUCAAGCUCCUCAGAUCACCGAUCAGUCCAGAUCCAAAUACAACAAGACGUGGACAGCAGCCAGGAUUGGGCUGACAAGUGACAAGUAA